AUAAUUUAUGAAGAUCUUAACUUUUAGGAAUUUCUUGGUGGUAGUAGUUCUUCAGCAAAGAUGAAUAUUAAAGUCUAACCUUUUUGCUUAUCAGUAAGACACUGCCAAGGGAUAGGCAUUAAACUUGGAAAAUAGGAUCUGCAGGAGUUUUUAUUUAGAAAUUAAUGAACUUUUUCAUUAAAAAAUCAUGUUGUAGAAAAUGCGUGGGGUUAUGAGUAUAGUGGUGGAUGCAUUUAGGAUUGAGAUGAUUGAGAUAAACAAACUUGAAAAGGCAUGUUAAUUUGAUAAUCUUGAUUUGUCAUGCAUAAGGAUUAAUAGGGAUGUGAUGAUGUCUCAAAUAGGACAAAAGCAAAGAGGGUAAAGUGGAUUUCCACCUCCACGAUUUACCAGAUUGUCAAAUCUCUAUGGUAUCUAUGGAGGAAUAUAUAAGGCAAAUAUAAGACUGACUAUAUUAUAGGGAGGAGAAUGCUGUGUGAUGAAACAUAGUCAUAAACAUAACAUAAAUGAGGAUGUUAUAAAACUAGGAAGGCUAGAGUCAGAAGCAAGCAAACUAGGGAAGGUUUAGCAGCAACACUAAUAGCGGAUGCUGAGAAGGAAGGCCAGUUUACAGCGCUUGAACAUAUGUAUUGUAGGCCACAGACAACUUGAGGAAGGGGAGAGCUCAAAAAAUGAAGUGAAGGGAGUUACAAAGAAAAUUUGGAAAGAAAUAUUAAGAGAUGAUCUCCAUGAAGAUUCCUUUCACAGAGGACUUGGCUGUGGAGGAAAAGAUACAAGCCAUUGGCUUCUAAAAGCUGUUCUCAAAUUGAUAAGAGCAUUUGAAGAUGGGGAUAAUCAGGAGCAGUUUCUCUUUUUUGCUGGGAACUGGCUGUGGUGUCUACAUUGCCCAGAAUUACAAUGUUCCAGAUAUCAAAAAGCUGGUGAAUACAUGGCUGUUUGUGGCAAAGCACAUUGAGGAAACUUACAAGAAGCCAAAGCAGAAAGAUGAAGACUAGCCAAUAGCCAUUGAUGAAUGCUGGUGUACAUAUUGAACAAAUAAUGUAUACCGCACUAGAAAAAGCACCAUGAAUGUGGUGGUUAUUUUUGGAGAUCAAAUAUGUUUGACUUCUAUCAUCUCACUUACCGAGCAUUUCAAGCCGCGAACAGGUCUUCUUUUCGUGGAUACAAACUCUGCAGCAUAGUUUACUGUGACCGUCUAGAUUUGUCUGCUGCUUCUGUAAACCCUUCUUUUAUAGAACAUAUCUGUAAACUAUAAUAAAUCACCUCAUUUUGCUGAUCCUCUAAAUUGUUGCAUGAUAUACAAUUAUGAUUUUUGUUUGCUAUAUCA